CUCAGCCUCUCACCAGCCUGAACACAAAGCAGAGAGAAAGAACGAGGACAUCAAUGAAACGGAAAGAAGCUUGAACAAACAGGUCACUGGUGGAGCUGAGUGUAAGUGAUGGAGCUGAAGGUGUGGGUGGAGGGUGUGGUCAGAGUGGUGUGCGGCCUGUCACUGAACACUUCCUGUCAGGAUGUUGUCGUAACUCUGGCACAAGCAAUGGGUCAGACAGGUCGCUACAUUCUUAUCUUGAAAAGACGUGAGACAGAGAGACAGCUAGUUGCUGAUGACUGUCCUCUGCAGCAACUGGCUCAGUUGGGACAGCUGGCUACAGAGGUCCAGUUCAUUCUGCGGUGGAAAGGUCCCAGUCACAGUGAUGGUCAAGACCGACCAACUAGAGAAAGACUUCCUUUGCCUAGACCGGAGCCAGAAAGCCUCAAACACAGGGUGCUACAAAAGUCCCUCACCUUCAAUCUGGGUGCCUCAACAUUACCAAGGAGGACUAAAUCAAAGAGAGUCUGGUCACCGUCACCAAGAGCUUCACCAGAGCCACGGGCUUCCCCUGUCUCUUUCCUAGACCCUCCCAACUCUGUGAAUGCGAUUCCUUCUUACUCCUUCAAAGAGGAGGUGUUUAGGCAGGUUCUGCAAAAACAGAGGAUGCUACAAGAUCUGGAGAUUCAGCUUGAAGCUCUGGAAAGAGAGACAGAAGUGUGGGAGCAGGAGCGGUCAUCUGCUGUGGCUCCUGAUAUGACGUUGGACCUUACUGAUUUACUGGACGAACUGGAGCAGCAACAAAGAUUGAACGAGGAGGAGCUGUUUCAUGAAGAGCGUUGGGAGGAAGACUUACAGGAAGAGAUUGGCAGAGAACAAGAUAUGCACAGACGUCUACAUCAGAUACACUCGUCAGUGGAUGAUCACAGUUAUCAGAUCAAAGAGCUUGAACUCCGCUCUGUGCAUCUAGAACAGGACAUGCAACCCACAGCCUACAGACAAAGCCCACCGGUGGGCGCUCCGCAACUGGAGGAGACCCUGAGACCUCUGAAGCAGGAACUCCACUACCGCCUACAGCAGGCAGAAGAGCUGGAUGCAUCAUUGUCAAGCACGGAGAGAGAGCUACAAACUUUGGAGGAAAACUUACAGGACAGAUGGAAGUUGAUUCAAGCCCUGAAUAAGGAGCUGCGACAGUGUAAGUUGCAACAGUUCAUCCAGCAGACCGGCGACACUCAGACUUUUAUCUCAGCAAUGCUGGAAUUAUGGAGUAACAGAAGUCAUCAGGGUGCUAAAAAAUUAUGAUUACAGUAAGGAUUAUUAUAGAAGUCAUUCACAGAACUAUAAAAGUAAUGUCACAACAUCUGCCAUCUCAUUUUUAAUGAAAUAUAUGCAGAAAAGCAUUAGAAGUCAAAUGUACACAGAUAUCAGAAGUGACAGUGAAGAAGAGUCAAGUUUAAGCUUACUUGAAGGGAAUUUUCAUGAUUUCAUGAAGGAAAUCUGGAAAUAUGCAGGAUAGAAGAAAAG